UACAGGAAUAAGAAGGUUAAAGAAGAAGAAACACGUGGACGGUGAAGAUUAGAGAAGAAACAACGGCUGAGAUGAAUUAUCAGAAGUUGUUGCGUUUAAAGGAAGCUGAAGAUCAAGUUACAGAUUCAUUGAUGAAAAUUGUAAAAGUUUGUUAUCUUCUCCUUGAAUCUCUUCUUUUGUUAGGUUCUCAUCUAGAGACCUAGAGAUGAUGAUCGAAGCUGCGUUUCAUGAACGUUGUUUUGGUUAACUUUAGAAUUGAAGUGUUGAUUGAUCGAUCGGUGAAGAAAGCUGUAUUAAAGGUAUCAGAGCUGUGUCAUCCUCGGAUUCGUAUCAAUGGCGGAGACACGAUCUUAGAUGUUAUUCAAGGAAACGGUGGUUCGUGAAACCAUGGCGGAGACUCGAUCGCAAUCGUUAUUGAAGGAAGUGGUGGUUAGAAAAACGGAAGACACGUUUGUAUCAAGGAUUCAAGCGUUCGAAGAUUUGAUGACGAAACAAAAUCAGGAAAUUGAUCGAAAGUUUUCAGAGAUGCUAGAAGCGAUUCGAUUAAAUAGAUUUGAGAAAGUUUUAGAUGAUCCAAUUGCUGAGCUAAAGCAGUUAAAAGAGACGAACGGUAUUGUUGAAUAUCACAAAAAUUUUGAGCUGCUUAGCACAAGAGUGAAUCUGCCAGAAGAUUACUUGGUUAGAGUCUAUUUGGAUGGUCUACAAAUUGAUACUCAAGUGAAUGUUCAAAUGUUUCAGCCUCAAACGAUUCAGCAAUGUUUCUUAAUUGGAAAAUUUUAUGAGUAUGCACAUCCUAGAAGCAACAUUGAUAACGUUGGGAUCCUUCCACUUAAGAGGGAUAGUGAACUGAAAGCUGAGGAGGAUAAGGAAGAAGAAGUAAUUGAGGUUGAGAUGGAAUCGAUGGGCUUAGUACAUGGAGCAAUCUUGGAGGAAGAAUCAACUCCACAGUUUCAGGUAUCAAUUGAUAAUUCUGAGAUUUUAAAGAAUAUUGAACUUAGGGAAGUAAAGCAAGUAGUGCAAAAUCGAGAAUAUGUGGUGAUGGACGAGAAUCUGGAGCAAGAAUGGGUGCAAAAGAACAUUGAUCAGAUAUUUGAGGUUGAAGGUGAUGUUGAGAGGAGUCCGAAAGUGCUAAGUAUCGAGAAAAUUUGCUAUGCACACCAGGUGUUUGGUAAAAUGUCUCAACAUAAAGAAAGACUUGGAAUAAAGAAGAAAACUAAAUGGUUUAAAUCUUGGAGGUUCAAAUUCAAACAAAGGAAACCAAGGAGUGACCGGCAUCCAACUGCACAUAAAUUGAUUUACAGAGAGGAUGUCAUGUACAAAUAUAUUUGUUCAAGUGCUAAAGUUGCUUUGAUGAAGAAGAAAGAGUUUUCCAAAACUUGGUCCAUUCUCAAAGAUGAUUGUUUCAGGGAAAAUGAUCAAGUGUAUCAUGAAACACUUCCCAUAUGGCCACUUAUCAGAUUCAAGUUCUGGAAAUUCAAAAUCAUGAACCGAAAUUUGCAAAAACUCAUGCCACAAAUAGAGGAGGAUAUGAUGAGUGAAGUUAUGGACUCGAGACCAGAGCAAGUGUCACAUCGAAGUGGAAGGUUUAUGUAUCCUCAGGUACCGGUUUCUGACUCGGACCACAUAAUGAACAAUAGGUUGCAGUCACAUGCUGGUACAAACUUAUUUGAGUCAAGACUCGGUCAUGGUGUUGAUAUGUUGAUUCUCCCUAAGAUGCUUGUUCAUGACAAUGAAAUGACUAGGUUACCUCCGACAAGUUUAAUAAUCUGUGAUUUUAUCCGUAGUUUUUCUCAAGCAAACUAUGUGUGGAAGCCAGGUGGGGUAACGUGUAUACAAGAUCAGUGGGAUUGGCUUAGUCAUGUUCACACGUGUGGUAUAAUUGUGAAGAUAUCACAGAGGCUCUAUGGGACAAACUUAAGUACAAAGAUGCUUUAUUCACCAUUAACAGACUCCCAGACUUGGAAAAGGGAACUUGGUAGUUUAACUAUAAACUCUAGUGUUGGUCUAAAAGAAUGGAAGCAUGGAUUCGACAUAUAUGGUUACGAGUAUAAGAAGCAGAUGUUGUUGCUGGUUAUACGACCUAAUCGUGUAUGGGAACGUGGGAGAUUACUAGCUACACAGGUUUACUGGACAUGGUUAGAGAACUACUACAAAUGUGAUAGAGUUCUGAAAUGUUGUUAUCUGUUUGAAAUGUUUUUUGUUGAGCUGCUAGUUGUAGGCAAAAAAUUGCAGAGGAGUCAUGCCUUGUUCCCAAGUUGUUGUGCUUUUAAAAACAAGAGUUUGGCCUUUACACAGCGGAGUACUUGUAUUGUUCUAGUUGAGAGGAACGAUAAAAUGCAAGGCACCAAUCAGUCUCUGGGCAUGGCAGGAUCCAAGAAAGAAAUACAAGAAUCAGAGAGUUGGCAUAGCAAAGUGAAUACAAAGCUGAGGCCUCUAGUAUAUUUGGAUGAAAUGUUCAUGUUCUUUGUUGGCAUGGGCGUUUUUAACAGAAGGCUAGGAGUGGAGACAGAACACCCUAUACACCAGGCACACAUAUUGGAACAUUUCGUGAAGUUAAGAGUUGUGGGUUUCCACAACACCUUGCUUGUUUUUCUUUAUGGGUCAGCGCCACGGCCUCCAGAAAAUAAUCAUUCAGAUUUCUUGUUUGAAUAUGCUCUUGAGGUUCAAAGCUGCGUCGGGCGAGCAUUGAUAGGAAUCACAAUGAAGCAGAGAAAAUUUUCCAAAACUUGGAGUUUUAAGUAUAAACAACAGAGGAACUUCAAAACUAGAAGAAUCAGUCCACAAAGUGAGGAGGAAUCAAAACUAGACGAAGUUGCCUGCAUUCUAACCUUGAGGUCAAGGUUCUUCGAAGGGGAAGGAUUUGAUACAGGAAUAAGAAGGUUAAAGAAGAAGAAACACGUGGACGGUGAAGAUUAGAGAAGAAACAACGGCUGAGAUGAAUUAUCAGAAGUUGUUGCGUUUAAAGGAAGCUGAAGAUCAAGUUACAGAUUCAUUGAUGAAAAUUGUAAAAGUUUGUUAUCUUCUCCUUGAAUCUCUUCUUUUGUUAGGUUCUCAUCUAGAGACCUAGAGAUGAUGAUCGAAGCUGCGUUUCAUGAACGUUGUUUUGGUUAACUUUAGAAUUGAAGUGUUGAUUGAUCGAUCGGUGAAGAAAGCUGUAUUAAGAUGCUCAAACCAGUUGACUUCCACCACCACGACAUGGAAGUUCGGCUUGGUCUCUCCAAACGCCCAGCUUACCCAAGUUUCAUCUACAUGCUGCGGAGAUGAUAUGCAGCGCCGUCAUCAAGUUCAGGGACCAAAACUCUUACGGAAAAGCCUACUUGAGCAGGAGGUUAUUCUUGGUUUUCGGUUAAUAGAUGUCAGUUUGGAUCUCCAAUGUAGGAUGAGAGAACAUGGGGUUGGCUAGAUUUAUAAUGUGCAUAAUGAGAUCAUUUGGUUCGGGUCUGAUGAACCAAACUUGUUUUCUUUUCGUAGUUCUUAUUGUUAAACAUAGCUUUGUAUAAACAUUAAGAUCAAUCUCCAUAAACUCAAAGAUGUGGAUUCCGAGAUGAUUAUCCCGAGAUGUAGCUUUGCCCGGUUAUGGGGGUGAACUCGAUACAUCUCGUGUCAUGUACUUUAUGCAAUCUCUCUUUCUC